GGGACGUUACCAGGAUCUCUUAAGGCAGUGUCAAACAAUGCAUUCAAGCAUUGGAACUCGGUCACUUGCCUAUCCCGUAGGAUCCAAGGUUAUGGAUAUGAGGUCAUCCUCCAAAGAUGAAAGGAAAAGGGAAACUAUUGUCAAAAGUAGACAAUCUUCCAUUGAUAAUAAUGAUAACAUAGAAAAUUCUUGUGACCUGAGCAACAAUUCACAUGACUCUUCUUCUUGUAUACCUACUCCUGGAUUAUACAGCAGCAGUUCCUCUGAAGUAGGGAGAAAAUAUCAUAGACCACAUUUCAUAACUGAAACAUAUAUUGAUUUUCUCCCACUACCAGUUAUAGAUUUGUUUGAUGGUGGAGAACAUGAGAAUGACUUUGUUCCAUAUGAGGAUGAGAUUGUUGAUGUGUUGAGAACAGAUAGUCAUCUUGAAGUCUACAAGGACACAAGAAAUCUAGCAAGGAUGUCUGAUAUUCUUGCUGUCUAUGCGUGGGUUGAUCCUGCAACUGGUUAUUGUCAAGGUAUGAUAGACUUGCUGUCUCCCUUUGUCAUGCUCUUUGAGGAUAAUGCUGAGGCAUUUUGGUGCUUCGAGAUGCUCAUAAGGAGACUGCGUGAGAAUUUUCAGAUGGAAGGACCAAGUCGAGUGAUGAAGCAGUUGCAAGCAUUGUGGCAUAUCUUGAAACAUACAGACAGGGAAAUGUUUGCACACUUGUGAAAUAUUGGUGCCGAAAGUCUUCAUUUUGCAUUUCCAAUGCUUCUGGUUCUAUUUCGACGAGAGCUAUCUUUUAAUGAGGCUCUUUGUACGUGGGAGGUUUGCUGUCUUAGUCUCACUGGAUGACAUUGACUACCAAAUCCAUCAUAUUAGUUACAUCCUAAUAUAUGCAGGAAAUAUUG